GACCAUACUAUUGGUGUGAUUUUUGAAUGGUGAGAUGAACUUAAUGAAUGGUCGAGAGAGACCAUGAGAUGAUUUUCAGAUGGGCUAUUGUAUUUGAAGGGAUAUUGAAGGAUGAAAGGAUGUUUGGUAGAGGGAAGAAGUGGAAAUGGCUACUGGUAUGGGAGAGGUUGGGAUGAUGAAAGGCAUGAGAAGAGAUGCAGUGUAUGUGAGUACAGUGCCACUCAGGGCAGCCAAGGGACCUGCUCAGCUCUUCAUGUCAGCAGCUUACUCCUUCAAUCUGUGGUCGGAUUUGCAGCACUACAUGGUCCUCAUCAGGCCCACCUCUCCCCCAGCUCAGGCAGUGGUUUUCGAUUUUCAGCCUCAGGAUCCUGAAAAUCUCUACGUAGCACUUGCAGCGCUGUCUGGUAGACAGGUGCCAGGAGUUGUUCGAAUGAGGAAGCUGGCAAAGCUGCCGACUCGCAAAUGCUGGUUUGUUGGAUUUUCCAAUGAAAAUGGCAUCAAUGUGGCCCAUAAAUUCAACGACCACUGGCAAACUGAUCUGAAAAUUGGUGACCACGAUUGCCGCCAUUACACCAAUGGGUUGGUCGAGUGCCUUACCGGUGAACAACACGUCUUGGAGCGUUUAAGAGGAAGUCGAGAUGGUUGAAUUGUUAUGUGACAUGGACAACUACCGGCCUAUUCAUACAUACAUACACAUACAUACAUACAUGCAUGCAUGCAUGCAUUAGGGGAAAUGAAGGUGGCCUAAGGAUCUUGGUCUUUGCCAAGGAACGGUCUUGUAAUUGCUGCAAACCUGGCGAUCACCUAAUAAUGCCCAUGUUCAUUUUUUGGUCACUUGAUUGAUAUAGGCUGUGUUUGGCUGCUCAAUGGAACUGAAUUGCAAUAAUUCAAUCUAUAGCUUGAUUCGGUCAUCCACGGGCCAGCUGCUAGAGUUGAAAUUAUGGUCGUUUAUGGUUGGACUUGAAAAGCAUGGAAUUGCAAUUAGGGGUGGGUCAUCACCGCUAAUUUCAAAUGGUUCCGCCUCCACUUUGGUUGUUUCUUCAAUAUAAUGGAUUGGGUUAUUGCUAUUUUGUUCGGUAAUUGAGCAUCCAAACGCUCAAAGCUGGAUUUGCAAUCACAAUUCAAUGGUGAGGGGGGGUAGCGUUUGGCAUUUCUAUGUUUUCUUCUGUGAUUAGAUUGUGUAAGCAAUGUAUUGAGAACAAUGAGCUGAUGAGCAUUGCAAUUAAAUUAACCUUGAGAAAUGUAUAUAGUCACAUGCGCUGAUUCUUGUA